AUGUCUACAACAAUUGAUAAACCAUAUAUCCAUGAAGGCGGUAUACGCCCCUAUUUUGAACAGCAGAUUCAGGACACCGAGAUCGAAAUUCAGCAAACCACGCAAAAUUUGCGUCGAUUAGAAGCGCAACGCAAUAAAUUGAACAACAGUGUAAGGCAAUUGAAAGAUGAGUUGAGGUUGCUUCAGGAGCCAGGCUCCUUUGUCGGAGAGGUCAUUAAAGUCAUGGGCACGAAGAAAGUCUUGGUGAAAAUCCACCCCGAGGGGAAAUAUAUCGUCAACGUCACCAAAGAUAUCGAUGUCAAGAAAUUGACUCCCUCGAUAAGAGUUUGCUUGAAAGCAGACAGCCAUGACCUUUACAAGAUCUUGCCAAACAAGGUCGACCCUUUGGUUUCCUUGAUGAUGGUUGAAAAAGUGCCCGACUCAACAUACGACAUGGUUGGCGGUCUAGAUAAGCAGAUUAAAGAAAUCAAGGAGGUCAUUGAGUUGCCAGUGAAGUACCCGGAGUUGUUUUCAAGCUUGGGAAUAGCACAGCCGAAAGGUGUCAUUUUGUAUGGUCCUCCAGGUACCGGCAAGACCCUUUUGGCCAGAGCAGUGGCGCACCACACCGAGUGCAAAUUCAUCAGAGUCUCAGGUUCCGAGUUGGUUCAAAAGUAUAUUGGUGAAGGCUCGAGAAUGGUGAGGGAAUUGUUCAUAAUGGCGAGAGAGCAUGCACCCUCGAUUAUAUUUAUGGAUGAAAUCGACUCCAUCGGCUCUUCAAGAGUCGAGGGCUCCUCCGGCGGUGACUCCGAGGUGCAAAGAACAAUGUUGGAAUUGUUGAACCAGUUGGACGGAUUCGAGAGUUCGAAAGACAUCAAGAUCAUUAUGGCCACAAAUAGAUUGGAUAUCUUGGACCCGGCAUUAUUGAGACCCGGUAGAAUCGAUCGAAAGAUUGAGUUCCCCGCCCCAACUUUACAAGCGAGAACCGAUAUAUUAAAGAUCCACUCGAGGUCAAUGAACUUGACUAGAGGCAUCAACUUGAAGAAAAUUGCCGAAAAGAUGAAUGGAUGUUCUGGUGCCGACGUCAAGGGUGUUUGCACGGAAGCCGGAAUGUACGCGCUUAGAGAGAGAAGAAUCCAUGUGACGCAGGAGGACUUUGAAUUGGCGGUGGCCAAAGUGAUGUCCAAGAACGAUGAAGGAACAGUAUCUCUCCAGAAAUUGUUCAAGUAA